UGCUGCAGAUGAUUUCAAUAAUGGGGUUGUCCUUACUUGUCGCCCCUUGAAAUCCAAUGAGAUGUUUGAAGUACGAUUAGACAAGUGUGUAGACAAAUGGGCAGGGUCGCUAGAGAUUGGGGUUACCACUCACCCUCCUACAGAUUUGGAGUAUCCAUCCACAAUGACAAAUGUGAGAUCUGGCACCUGGAUGAUGACUGGUAAUGGAGUCAUGCACAAUGGUACAACUAUAAUUGAUGAUUAUGGGCUCAACUUAGAUAGGCUCAAGGUUGGAGACCGUGUUGGUGUCCUCCGGAAAGACAAUGGUGCCCUGUACUUUUUUGUUAAUGGUGUUGAGCAGGGUUUAGCAGCCAACAAUGUGCCAGAACAUGUCUUUGGUGUUGUGGACCUCUAUGGGCAGGCAGCACAAGCUACAAUAGUGCAACAUUCCGAUCACUGUUCUUCGGAGGUUCUCCCCUCCAGUGUCUCUAGCUCAACUAUUUACAGUGAUCUAAGAUUUCAUCAUCUCCAUGGGAAGAAUGCAAGAAUAUUAAAUGGGGGCUUGACUGCUCAGAGACCUAAUGCCCAUGGAGAGUUCAAUGAUGCUAUAGUGAUAAGCAACCGACAGCUUCAUGAGGGAGAAAUGUUUGAAGUUAUGAUAGACAAGAUGGUAGACAGGUGGUCAGGCUCUUUAGAGGCAGGGGUUACAGCCAUUCCUCCAGAGGAAAUAGAUUUCCCAAGCACCAUGACUGACAUUGAUUAUGACACAUGGAUGCUUAGUGGAUCAUCUGUCAUGCGUGAUGGUGUGACCAUUAUGAACAAUUACCGUUGUGACUUGGAUUCUCUUGUAGUGGGCACCAGAGUGGGGAUGAUGAGGCACUCGGAUGGCUCACUCCAUUAUUACGUUAAUGGAGAGGAUCAAGGGACAGCAUGUGAAAAUUUACCACCAGAAGAUGAAGGUCUAUGGCCCGUGAUCGACCUGUAUGGACAGUGUGCUCAAGUAACGAUUGUGCACAACCCCAUCAGACACGACCAAUCGCUUAUCUCUGUGUCACAGUACUUGGAUAUGUCACAUCUGUCUCUCCCAGCUGCGGGUCAGGCGAGUGUUGGCUCUGAGGUAAUACAUCGUUUCUCCAAGUGUUGUGGAGCAAAUAUUGCUUUGAGCAAUAAUAAUACUACUGCUAUACGUGUCAGACACUUCAAUCAUGGACUUAUUUUUACUUCACAUCCAUUGGAGCCUGAAGAACUAUUUGAGGUUCAAAUUGAACGAGUUGCUGUGGGUUACUGUGGCUCUUUGGGGAUUGGGUUAACCUCCCUCCCUGUUAGUGACUCGUACCCAUCUGUCAACCUCCCGGCAUCCUUAGCAGGGAUUGAGUCUGCAGAUACUUGGUGGGUCAGUGGGUCUGAUGUGAGGAGAAAUGGCUCUUCCAUUUUGCGACUCAACUUCUGCCCCAACCUAGGAAGACUACUAAAUGGGGAUCGUGUAGGAAUCAAGAGAACUAGUGAUGGGGCUAUGAGGCUUUACAUUAAUGGAGAGGACUUUGGUGUGGCAGCUACAAAUGUGACAAAACGAGUGUUUGGUGCAAUAGACUUGUUUGGGUUCACAGAGUCUGUAGCGGCAACAAGUGUUUCGAGGCAAGCCACUUCACCUAUCAUGGACUCAACAGUUGUGGCUACUAAUAAUAAUGCAGUGUCCCAAGAUUCAUUAGAACUCUCUCAGCCAGAUUCUCGACAUCCAUUGGGACAUAUAUCUCUCAACUCAGGCUUUCACCCUGCUACCUCAGCACACCUUCCUCACAUAGACCUUCGCUCAUCAACUGAUGGAAAGGUGACAAGCACAAAUGAUCUUAACAGGCAAGAUUUAGGACAAAAUGGACGCCACAUGCAAGCUGCAGAUUUGCGAUCCAGUGGGCACAUCCAUGGCUCUCUAGAUACAUCCACAGAAAGUAGACAGCAUGCAACAUCAUUUAACAAUAAAGAUUCUUCAGUUAUUCAUUUCCAUGAAAAUACAGGGAAAAACAUAUUACUGUCAUCAGACCGCCUAUCAGCAAGACGGACAGAAAGUUAUAAUCAAGGCAUUGUAAUGUCUGCUAAGCCCCUGCCAAGGAAUAUUAUCUUCCAAGUGCGACUGGGACCUCUUAACCCUCGAUGGUCAAGUUCUCUGAUGAUUGGAGUCACUGCCCAGUUGCCAGAGAAGCUCCACUUACCAAAUACAGCUUUUGCUCUUAAACGAAACUCUUGGAUAAUUUCCGGUGACUCUGUUUUCUACAAUGGAGUGAAAAUUAAAGGACGGUAUGGGCCUGACUUGGACAGCUUGGCUGGGGGAACUGGUGGUACAGGAGGUCAUGUAGUUGGCAUUAUGGUGGACCCUGAAGCUCGACUUCAUCUCCUUGUUAAUGGGGUGGACCAAGGUGUGGCAGCUAAAGAGAUUCCUCCAAGUCCUCAUGUGGUCCUCGACUUAUAUGGACAGUGUCAAGAGGUUAUCAUCAGCAGCAGCAGUGUAAGCAAUGAAUCUGUCACCACCACUACCAGCAGCAACACCACCAUUAAUACAUCUUCCAACACAAUCUCUAUUCCUACCACCAAUUCCACCAUCACUACCAACUCAGUCACCUCCACCGCCACACAGUUAGGUCAGGAACAAAAUAAAAAGAACCUCAUGAAAAUUCAUCACCAUCAUCAUCACCAUCACCACCAUCACCAUCACCAUGCACACAAUAUUCAGCAGCAACAGCAGCAACCACAGUCACAGCAGCAAUCACAGCCCUCACAACAGCCAGGAAGUGGUGUGAUGCUCUCCAGUCUUAACCAAGAUAACAGCGGGAGCAACAUCUCUAAUAAUGACUCAAGCGUAGUAAGACGACCUAGUUCCAACAACGAGGCGGAGCACAUAACACAACUUCACCCACCUAAAGAUAAGGAUAAGAGUGUCAUAAGAGCCUUACCUGAUAGCAGUAUAGUGAAGAAUUGUGAAUACCAGAAUAUGUGUCAUCGGUUUAAGACCUCUUUGGCCUUACCAGAGGGAUACUUCAGCUCAGAUGGGAACCUGUGCUACUGUGAAACCUGCCACAAAAUACGUGGUGAUGAACCCUACUAUACAAAAGGAAACCCACCAAAGCACUAUGCACAGCCUUUUGGAUGGUGUCGGUUUGCUCUGGGUAGUGGGGUUGGGGACAACAAUGAGUCCUGGCACAUGGCGUAUCAUGGCACCAGACCCGGUGCUGUCAGACGGAUGCUAGAUAAAGGAGAGUUGCUCUUUAAUGGUGAACUUGGAGUGAGCUCAACACUGGCAGGUCGCCGCAGUAAGGAUGAUGAUAGUGAUGGCUCCCAACUGUGUUUCUCUCCUACAAUCAUCUAUGCUUCAACUGAUCAGUUUGCUCCAGCAGUUUU